AUGAAGUCGCCAACUGAAAACUUGAAAAUUGAAGUCUCUUGUGCAACCAAAGUGGUCAUCACUUGCUCAUGUCUUCGGAAAUCGUCUGAAAUGCAUUGUUCUGAUGUAGAAAAAGCUUACCAGAAGUUAUUAUCAUUGAAAGUAAUGGAGGAUAACUAUUCAAACAUGUAUGCAGAGAAGCGAUUAUUAAAAAGAAAUUUAAGCACAGACAAAUAUUGUUGCCUUCCAUGUGAUGUGGAAUGUCAACGAGCACUGCGAAAUAAAAAAAUGGCAGAAAUAUUAAAUAUUUCUCGUCCGUAUGAAGCUGAUUCUGCAUCGGCUUACACCACUUUUCUAAAAAAUAAAUUGAGAACCAAUUACGAAGAUAUUUUGGACAUCGAAGACACACUGAUUGAACUCUUGCAUGAUUUGGAUGCGCAACCAAAUGUGACAUCGGUUGCUCAUUCAUUUUUACCUAUGCACUCGGAGCUGCGUCGUAUAAUUCAUGAAUACAGCGGACAUUUUGGCAUCGAAACAGUCAGUUAUGGCCAGGAACCACAAAGAAAUGUAGUCGCUAUCGCUAAGCGGAAUGUGAGUUGUAUGCCAGCUAUACUUCUUACAGCCAUUAAAAGGAAUGCGGCAGCAUCAUCUGUAUCAGCGUCAAGAAGUGCAACAAUCGUUUCGUCCAAGACUCUGUCAUCAAUUUCGAAGAAUUUUUGGGCUAUUGAAAACAGGAUGCAGCAGCUGCAACCAGCUGGAAAAGUGCUAAAACGAGGUGUUAAAGAACCACUGAUAUCAAAAAAAUAG